UCGUCAGCGAUCAGAGCUCCGUCAGUAGCCUGUAGUGUGUCCUUCCUUCGUCCGCUCACUGGAAAAAUAACAGUUUAAAUAGGUGUUGUAUAUUUCACUCGAUAAAUAUGUCUACUACGACUGGUGGCGGAGAAUUUGGCAACCCUCUGCGGAAAUUUAAGCUCGUUUUCUUGGGCGAACAGAGCGUGGGAAAAACUUCACUUAUCACCAGGUUUAUGUAUGACAGCUUCGACAAUACCUAUCAGGCAACUAUUGGUAUAGACUUUCUGUCAAAAACCAUGUACUUGGAGGACCGCACGGUUCGGCUCCAGCUGUGGGACACUGCAGGGCAGGAGCGCUUCCGCAGCCUCAUUCCCAGCUACAUCCGAGACUCCACUAUUGCUGUAGUGGUCUAUGACAUCACCAACCUUAACUCCUUUCAGCAAACCUCAAAGUGGAUAGAUGAUGUCAGAACAGAGAGAGGAAGUGAUGUCAUUAUCAUGCUAGUCGGGAACAAGACAGACUUGGCUGAUAAAAGACAGAUCACUACAGAGGAGGGAGAGCAGAGGGCUAAGGAGCUGAAUGUCAUGUUCAUUGAAACCAGCGCAAAGACUGGCUACAAUGUCAAACAGCUGUUUCGUCGUGUUGCUGCUGCUUUGCCUGGAAUGGAUAGUACACCGGAGAAGAGCAAAGAGGACAUGAUUGAUAUCAAACUUGAGAAGCCUCCAGAGCUGCCGGUUACCGAGAGCAGCUGCUCGUGCUAGUGAGCAGCCUUAACCCUCACCAGACCCUGCGUCCCUGCACUCGACCCCUCACACAAACACACACACCCAGCUUGCCUCUCAGUGGUCACUCGCUCCUCUCAUGACCCCGCGUCAUUAGCGGAGAACCUUUUGUUUCUCUUUGACUCAGUGACUUUUCAGAGUAACCGUGUGGAUGUGCUAUUACUCUGUAUUAAAAUGGAUUCCAAUAUGCAUAUAUAAAUGGAUAUAAGUAAAAUCACAGCAUAGAUUAAAUGCUAAAACCAUUCAGAUUUCCAUCUGUUCUGGCUGCAUGGCAAAAUAUGGAAUUGCAGACUGACCAAGCUCAUGCGCUCUUGAGUUCUUGAACUUAUUUUAACAUCAGUGCUGUCGUAGUUGUCGUGAAGUUAACAUGUUUCAGAGAAUUCAACUGUGUGUAGAGAGCUGGGGCUGACAAUUUUAAGCAUUCAGUUUUCUUUUUUUAUUUACGGGAGGAGUUGCAAGGAAGAACUUGGCAUUAUUGUAUAUGAGAGGCUGUAUAGUUCUGUUACUGCUUUUUUACGUGAACAUUACACACCUUUUUUUUUUUUUGACCUUUUUAUGUUUUUUUUAUUUUGAAAUUAUUGUUGUGAAAUGUCAUCAUGGGCAGACCAUAUACUGAAUAAUCUGUAAAACUGGAUGUUUUCAUGUUAAAUAUGGUAUUAGGGACCAGGUUUAAUUUAAGGGUCUUUGUUUGAGGAGCAAAAUGUACAAAUUUCGUUCUGGGCAGGCUAAUUUUAUACAGGAAUGUAUUGAACUGUGGAGAAAUAGAUAUAAUGAAUAUAACAAUCUUAGGAAAGGGAAAUUAAAUUAGUUGUAAGCUUAUUUAAUUCCGAGAUAUUCACUCACUUACCCAACUGUAGUAACGAAACCUAACUUUAAUUGUGUAAAUGUGUAUGUACUAACAAAACUGUACACAUCACUUGGAUAUCGCAAGCAUCUGCAAUUCACACUAAGGGAUGAACUCUUCUUGUCCGAGUCUCCCUGCUCAUCUAUUUAUCUUCUGCCUUGUUUUUGCUCUGCAAGUGUAGGAACAGCAUGCAGUUUAGAGACGGUUUAACACAAAAUGCCUUGCUUGUUUUGUUCUGUCAUAGUGCACCAAAUCAGGCCACUGUGUUGUGGUUUGCUCGCCUAUAAAAAUUGCAUAGAGCUAAUGAGGUUUUAUUCAACAGGAUAUUUCGAUUUCUUAAAUGCGGCUAUUGCUUAGUGUAGAGACACGUCUUGGUAUUGCUUGUUAUAAGACUGUUGGUUUCAUGUGUUUAUUUAUUAUCUGACUAGCUGGUGAAUCAGUGUGUUGUAUGCUUGAUGGGAAUGGCAGUUAAUGUGUAAUCGAUGUAUAAUUUGCAUUGCUGACUGGCUACUGUAUCAUGAAAACCUAGUCGUGUCACUAUCUUGCCAGUAUCGUCACAUUCAUAGACUCUCACUUCUCAGAGUUGUGAUAUUGAGUUUUAAGAAUAAAAUUUGAAUUUGCUUUUUUUGACUGGAGAGGUAUCACUCAACCAAAACCCCCAUCCCAAUUUCCGCUCUGUAAACAAACGAAUCC